AUGAACAGGGAUUGGAUACACAAUAAAAACAGGUUGAGUAAUCAAUAUCGUGCUGGAAUUCAGUCAUUUAUGGAAGUUGCAAGCCAACAUGUGGAUGAGAAGAAUGAGACUCCAUGUCCAUGUAUGAAGUGCCAGAAUAUGAAUUGCCAUUCUCUUCCGGUUGUCCAAGCACAUUUAUGGCAGUAUGGGAUGUCAGUGGUGUAUCACACAUGGAUAUACCAUAGGGAACAAUUUGAGAUAACAAGACAAGCUUCACCUCUUGCAACUGCUCAAGAGGCACCUCGUCUUGAUGAUUAUACGCAUAAUAUUUUGAAUGAAGCAUUCACACCAGACUUGGGAGUUGUAGAUGAUACAUUGGGGGACAAUGAAGAUGUGGGGGAUGAUACCGAUAUACAUAGGGUUGAGAUGGAUAAGUAUGAGAAGUUGAUUGCUGAAUCUCAAAGACAAUUGUUUCCCAGUAGCAAUGCAUCAGUUUUGACAGCAAUGGUACAAUUCAUGCAUACGAAGGUACUUCAUCAUUGGAGCAACAAGUCAUUUGAUCAAAUGUUACAAAUACUCAGUGCUAUUUGUCCACAGCCUCAUAGCAUUCCUCCAUCAUUCUAUGCCGCUAAUAAGAUGUUGAAAGAUUUGGGUUUGGGGCAUGAAAAAAUUGAUGCAUGUAUUUACGACUGUGCUUUGUUUUACAAAGAGCAUAAAAGUAAAGAUAAAUGUCCAGUGUGUGAUGAGCCUAGGUAUAAACCUAGUACUAGUAAAAAGAAAACAAUGGUGCCCCAAAAAGUGUUGCGAUAUAUUCCUCUAAAGCCGAGAUUACAGAGGUUGUUUAUGUCUGAACAUACAUCAGGUCACAUGAGGUGGCAUAAGAAUAAACGAGUUGAUGAUGAAGGUGUUAUGAGGCAUCCAGCAGAUUCUAUUGCUUGGAAAGAGUUUGAUAAGAUGUACCCUGAGUUUGCCGAAGAGCCACGAAAUAUAAGGUUAGGCCUUGCAACAGAUGGGUUUAACCCAUUCGGGAAUAUGAGCACAUCUUAUAGUAUGUGGCCAGUGAUGGCCCAAAUUAAGGCACCAGGCAAGGAGUUGGAUGUGUAUUUGCGUCCUUUAAUUGAUGAGCUAAAAGAGUUGUGGGAACAAGGUAUUGAAACUUAUGAUAAGUUUACUGAUACAAGGUUUAACAUGAGGGCACCUGUAAUAUGGACAAUCAAUGACUUUCCCGCUUAUGGGAAUUUAUCCGGUUGGAGUACAAAAGGUUACAAGGCAUGUCCCGUAUGUCUUGAGGAUACAACAUCUACCAAGCUGAGAAAUAAAAUUUGUUAUAUGGGGCACCGUCGCUACUUGAAAAAGAAUCACCCUUGGCGUAAGGAUUCUGAAAAUUUUGAUGGAACUAUUGAGAUGAGGGAUCCCCCAAGAGAAUUCUCUGGUGAUGACAUAUUACUUCAGUUUAAUCACCUUGUGCAUCGUAAACUUGGUAAACAUCCUGAUAAUUUGGACAGAAAGAGAAAGCGGACACCUAUAGAGUUAAAUUGGACAAAUAAGAGUAUUUUUUUCGAAUUGGAGUAUUGGUCCAAGUUGAAAAUAAGACAUAACUUGGACGUAAUGCAUAUUGAGAAGAAUAUAUGUGACAACAUUGUUGGAACGUUGUUGAGUAUAGAAGGAAAAACAAAAGACACACCCAAUGCUCGUUUGGAUUUGAAAGACAUGAAUAUACGAAGAAAUCUGCAUUUAGAUAAAGAUGAAAAUGGCAAGAUAAAGAAGUAUGCUGCAGAAUAUACAUUAGAACCGGCUGAUCGUCGAGCAUUUUGUGAAUUUUUGAAAUCUAUAAAAUUUCCGGAUGGUUAUGCUGCUAAUAUAUCACGAAAUGUCAAAGAUGAGAAGAUCUCAGAUUUGGACAGAUUGGAGGUUGACAUUGUGGUCAUUUUAUGCAAACUUGAGAAAAUAUUUCCACCCGCCUUUUUUGAUGUCAUGGUUCAUUUGGCCUUUCAUUUACCACGUGAGGCCAAGCUUGGGGGACCUGUAGGAUAUCGUUGGAUGUACCCGAUAGAGAGGAUGCUAGGAAAGUUAAAGGGCGAUGUACGUAAUAGAGCUAGACCAGAAGGUUCAAUUGUUGAGGGAUACAUUGCAAAUGAAGCAUUAACUUUUUGUUCAAUGUAUUUUCGUAAUGUGGAGACUGUUUUCUCUCGUCCUGAACGAAAUGAUGAUGGUGGCGAAGCCAAUGCUAAGCUCUCAGUAUUUUCUCAAAAUGCACGGCCCUUUAAUGGCUAUAAAUUUCUUCAAUUGUCUGAAGGAGAAAUGGAACCAAUUUAUUGGUAUAUCUUGGACAAUUGCGAGGAAAUUGAACCAUUUAGAAAUGAGCAUCGUCAAAUAUUAGAGCGUGAAAGCUUAUUUAACAUAGAACAUAGACAUAGGCAGUCGUUUCCCCAAUGGUUCAAGCACCAUGUCAAAGCUUUGUAUAGUGAGGAAUCAACAUUGGUGACUAAAGAAGUGUAUGCAUUAUCAUAUGGUCCUGAUGAAAGAGAUUCACAUAUGGCUAUCAUGUUAUCCUUUUUAAGUGUGAGGCUUGUUCAUGAUUACCAUCUCACGUCAGUGAACUCAAUGAAUUUAUGGUACAAAGAUGAUCCUUAUGUGCUAGCAAAACAAGCACAGAAAAUCUUUUUCCUUGAUGACCCAUCCUUGGGUCAUGGUUGGAAGGUAAUUCAAAAAAUUCCACAUAGACAUGUGUGGGAUGUUCUUGAGAAUGAGGUGGCUCACGAGGCAGAAACACUCUACAACGAUGGUGUGGACCAAACUGCACAUAUUAGUGUCAGACAUGCACCAGAAGAUAAUGUUCUACUCAGUCCAUCACUUCGUAGAGAGUAUGUUGAACCUGAAAUUGUUGUCGAAGAUAUUAAUUUUGAACAUGUCCCAACUGAUAUGGAGGAUGAAGAUUUUAUUGAUGAUGAUGAUAUUGAAGAAAUACAUUCGAGUGAUGAUGAAGGCAGUGUUCACAGUGAUGAUUAUAGUGAUUUGGAUUGA